UUUUGGUGGUAACGUCGAUCGUAGAACACUGACUAACUGUAUACACUGUCUUGAACGUCUAUUCGCAGUUCGCUGCAGACGACACAAUCAGCCGGUUUCUUUGCUUGUUUGCUGUUUUUGUAUCCAAACGGACUCACCAUCACCACCAUGGCAUCUCAUCUUGUUUCAAGAAUGGCAAGUGUACAUUUACCCAACUUCAGCGAAGUGGGAAGGAAGAUUGUGGGAGCAGCGCUGAAUUACAAGUCAUUGGCGAAAGAUCUUAAGGUGCAGCACCCUCAGAGACCAAUCAUAUUUUUGAAAGCGACUUCUUCAUACAUCAAAGUUGGGCAAGACAUAGAGAUAUCCAAAUCUGAUAUUGUGAAUUACGAAGUUGAACUUGGUGUUAUCAUUGGUAAAAAAUGCAAGAAAGUUACAGAAUCUAAUGCUUUGGACUACAUUGGAGGAUACUGCUUAGCUUUGGACAUGACUAAUGUUUCAAUUCUGAGUGAAGCGAGAAAAGCAUCAGCCCCUUGGGACCUAGGAAAAGGGUUUGAUACUGCAUGUCCUGUCAGUAAAUUCAUUCCUAAAGAAGACAUUAAAAACCCUGAUGAUGUUAAGCUAUGGCUUAAGUUAAAUGGCGAUAUCAAACAGAAUGGCAAUACAAAUGAUAUGAUUUUCUCCACUGCCCAUCUCAUUAGCUUUGUCUCUCAAUUCAUGACCCUUGAACCUGGGGACCUUCUCCUCACUGGCUCACCAUCAGGCGUAGGGCCAGUUAGACCCAAUGAUGUUCUAGAAUGUGGUUUAGAUGAUCUUGUCACCAUGAAAUUCUCAGUAAAACCUACUGAUUGAUUCUUACACAGCCCAAACAGCUUGUUCAUUGAAUGUACAAGAUAGAUAUUAUUUUUAUAUUGUAUUUGAAACCGAAAGAUUCAUCCGACUGAAAAACCUAUCACACAUCAAUUUCAAACUGACUUUUCUUCCAAAAGUUGUAGAAUGUGCUUACUUAAAGAGCACAAUGGAAGUCCCAUAACUGUGAAAUAAUCUCCGUCUAUCUUUUCUAUAAGAGAGCCACCAAUGCUUUGGAUUCCAUAACCACCUGCCUUGUCCCUUUAAUAAAGAAAAAUGGCAUCAAUAA